AAAGCAUCUGUGGUGGUGGUGAUAAUGAUGGAGUGGAGGGUGGUGGUGUAUUGUGCUCACUGGUGAAGCGUUGCUCUGUACUGGUGCUGGCACAUCUGUGUAGGGUGUCCUGCUACACGCCCUCCUCACCUGACGAGGAUGAGGCGCGUCCCGACAUUGAGGUGCAGUAUUAUAAGUGCCGAGGCAGGUGUCAGAGGCAGGUGUUGACCCUCGUUCAUCUUCACGUCCUCCUGUUCCUUUUACGUAAAAUUCCUGGACGGUAUUCCCUUCUUGGCCGGUUAAAGCUGACUGGUGACCUCUCUCCCGUUCCCCAACCAGGCUCGCCGGUCCAGUUUCAGUUCACGUAAGCUUCGAUCGCCCUCCUCCGUAAAACGUGUUCCGUGCAUCAGCUUCGCCUCGCCACGUCACCACACCCGCCGACUGCUGGGCCACGCGCGGGUUAAAGUGGUGAUGGCAGCGUGCGGGUCUCUGUCUUACUGGUGGCACGGCUGACUGGAGGACUGGUGGGCUGAUUGUGGUGUGUGUUUCGUCCUCCCUAACUACAACAACAAACCAGCAACAAACCAGGGUAGACCUCCGCUGUGGCAUUAGGCGACAGACUCAGCGAGGAUUGGUGGACAUCACUCAGUGACCGAUGAGCUGCAUUAGAGGAAAAGCCAUGACCUUUGGCCUCAAGAAUCUGAUGACCCUCACGGUGUAUGGGCUGUUGCUCCUCCUCUUCUUCCUCAUAAUACAUCAUUGGCACAGCUACACUGCGCCAGACGUUGCCAUCGUAUCACAUAAUCAGUCAGGUGAGAGUGAUACGGUCCAAGCAAGCCCUCUGAAAACCACUGCUGAGAAACAAAUGGAAGAGGCUGGUGCGUUCCUGAGAAGUGUCCUGCACGGCUCCGUUAAGAGACAGCUAAGCUCUGGUCACCUAUACGUGGACCGGAGCGACAAGCGAGUGUGGAAAAUGUGGGCAAAUGAUUCGCGAGAUAGUCCCUGCUUCAACUACAACACCAGGUUCGGAGUGGGGGUACCGCAGGUGUGGUUACUGUCCUUCCCUUGCUCCGGCAAUACCUGGCUGCGCUACCUGCUAGAGGCCGCCUCAGGCAUCUUCACGGGCUCCAUCUAUUACGACGAGCUCCUCGUCAAGAAAGGUUUCCUUGCUGAGGGAGACAACGGAGGGAAGACACUCGUGCAGAAGACGCACCAAUCUCCCAUACUAAGUAUUCAAUACUCCAAUCCCGUCGGAAAUUCUGAAACCAACAUGACCCGCCCCACCGUGCUGCUCAUCAGAAACCCUGCCAACGCCAUCAUCUCCUUCUUCAAGUUCCAGCAGACUAAGAGUCACGUGGACCAAAUUCCAGAAAAGAUGUUCAAUACAACCAAAUUCCAUACAUUUGUGAAGACUUCUCUGGUGGACUGGAUGAAUUUGGCCGUCAAAACACUAAUGCGGAUCGAGGCGCCGCUGCACGUGAUUCACUACGAGCAUUUGGUGCAGAAUCCAAUGCAGGAACUGACCAAAGUCCUCGCCUUCCUCGGGGUGGCCAGGGAUGAGGGCAGGAUGGCCUGUAUCGCGUCGCAUUUAGAGGGAAGCUUCAAAAGGAAAGGCAGUAAGAAUCUCGAUCCUUACACCACCAUGGAGAAGAUCAGCAUUGUGGAGGCGACCAAGGCGGUCAACAGAACCCUCCAGCUGACGGGUUACUCGCCUCUUCCGCCCUACAACUGAAUCCCCGCUUCGAUCCCCUGUCAGCGCUGCCAUCACGUCAUGUAUUAUAGUCUUCAAGCUGGUGAUGCACAUGUUGUAGUCUCCGAUAGGUUUAAUUUCAGUGUGCCGUCAUGCCCUCGUGAUUUAUUGCACCAGUUUCUGUAAUAAUUAGUGUUUAUAUUUUGUAGGCUGUGAAGGUAGGUAAUAUAAAUAAACGUUCUCUAUAGAGGGCAUAUUAAAAGAAAAAUAGUGAUUUACUUAGCCUCGGGUUCCAUAAAGGGAGGAAGCUACACAUUUCCGCUCUUCGGAUCGUCUCGCAUAUAACUGGUAUUUAGUUUGUCUUCAAACUAACCUAUGCAACAUUCCUGGUCUGAAAUUUAAUGUCGUGGCUGUGCAUUACCUCCCCUCCUCCAGGCUUCACUUCCAUUUGCUCCAAGGGACGCGAGUGUUUGAAGGUAAUGGCGGCGUUUCAUCGUCUGUUUCCUCUGCCCUCACUCUCCAUCUCAAGCUUGCAUUUAUGUCACUUGCUUUCAUACAUAUAAAUCUUUAGUCUGAAUUCUGUUAAAUCUCGCUUGCUAGGAUGUAAAUAUGUAGCUUCCCACUCGCAGUAAAUGUCUGAUCUUGUUCUGCUGAAUAAAUAUAAUUCUUUGA